AUGAUAGUUUAUCUUACUGAAGAAAGAAAGGAAUCUAUUUUAGAGGCAUGUAAAAAAUUACAAACAAAAUCAAGAGAAAAAAUUAGAGAAGUUGCAAAGGUCAUUGGACUGGUCGUGGCUAGUUUUUCAGCAGUAGAAUUUGGUCAGCUGUUUUAUCGUGAUAUGGAAAGAGCAAAAACUGAUGCACUUGUACAAUCACAACAUGACUAUGAUGCUUUCAUGUUUAUAACAAAAGAAAUGAAAUUAGAAUUAGAUUGGUGGAUUUCUAAUAUUUCUUCAUCAGUUAGAAGAAUUUUGCAUGAACCCUAUGAUCUUACAAUAACUUCUGAUGCUUCUCAUCUUGGAUGGGGUGCUGUUAUGAAUGAAUUGAAAUCAGGGGGUAGAUGGACAACAGAUGAAUCUGAAAAUCAUAUCAAUUACUUAGAAUUAUUAGCCUGCUUUUUUGGGUUAAAGUGCUUUUGUUCUGAUGUAACAAAUAAAAAUGUCAAAUUAUUUAUGGACAAUACCACAGCUAUUUCCUACAUCAAUAACAUGGGUGGUAUUAGUUCUAAAAAAUGUGAUAAACUUGCAAAAGAAAUUUGGCUAUGGAGUAUGAAUAGGGAUCUGUGGUUAAGUACAUGGCACAUACCUGGCAAAGAUAAUUUGAUAGCAGAUAUGAUGUCGCGAAAAUUUGAUGAUCAAAUAGAAUGGAUGUUGAGCAAAUCUGUGUUCCAUAAAAUUGUUUUAAGAUGGGGACAACCUGAAAUUGAUUUGUUUGCUACAAGGUUGAAUAAGCAAAUUGAUGUAUAUUGUUCUUGGCAUCCAGAUCCAGAUGCCCGUUAUGUUAAUGCAUUUAGUUUUUCUUGGGCAAACAUUUAUGGUUAUCUUAACCCUCCUUUCAGCCUCAUUGGACGUGUGGUGAGGAAGAUUUGUCAGGACCAAGCAGAGUGUGUACUGGUGGCUCCAGUGUGGCCAACACAGCCAUGGUUCAAUCGUGUGUUAGAAAAACUGGUGGAUCAUCCGGUGAUUUUACCUGUGAUGGACAAUCUGUUGACACUUCCAGGCACAGAUGUGCAGCAUCCUCUGAAAGACUCGUUGGUGCUGAUGGCAUGUCGAUUGUCCGGUUGCAGUACCAAAAACGAGGAAUUUCUCAUCAAGCAGCCUCGAUCCUUUUGGCAUCAUGGAAGUCGGGAACCAAGAAACAAUAUAAAACAUUUUAUACGAGAUGGUUUCAGUACUGUAGUGAAAAAUCGAUUGAUCCAUUUUGUACAACUAUAG